AAAUUCACCUUCCUACAACUCCUAAAUUUAAUGCCCCCACUCACUCAUCCUCAAGACCUUGCCACGUUCCUUCCCUCUCUCUCUCUCCCCUUCCACAAGGGAACAGUUCGAUGCCCCUCCGCCACCAUCUCCGGCGGCUCCACCUCCCUCCACCACCGCCACCUAGGUAGUAUCAUACGCAAGAAAGCAAGCGUAUUGACGACGUUGAACAUAAAAUGGCGCUGUCUAGACAAUUGAGUGUUGAUUUCAAGAACCGGGUGAUCACAUGCCUGAACCGGCUGUCGGACCGGGAUACCCUCGCGGCGGCCACGACUGAGCUCGAGGCCAUUGCGCGGGGCCUGCCGAAUGACGGAUUUGCCCCUUUCCUCACCUGCCUCUCCGCCACCGAUUCUUCUGAUAAGUCCCCUGUUCGCCGCCAUUCCGUCCGCCUCAUUGGGGUUCUCUCCGCCGCUCACGGCGACGCUCUGUCUCCUCAUCUCUCCAAGAUGCUCUCCGCCGUCCUCCGCCGCCUCCGCGACCCGGACUCCGCCGUCCGCGCCGCCUGCGUCGAGGCCGUUUCGUCCAUUGCCGCGCAGAUCACUAAGCCCCCGUUCUCCUCCAUCGUGAAGCCCUUCGUCGACUCCAUUUUCCACGAGCAGGACCACAACUCCCAGAUCGGCGCCUCGCUUUGCCUCGCCGCCGCGAUUGAAGCCACGCCGGACCCCGACCCGGCGGAGCUGAGAAAGCUGCUUCCGAAGCUCUACAAACUGGUGAAGAAUGACUGCUUCAAAGCGAAGCCAUCGCUGCUGUCUCUAAUUGGCAGCAUCGUGAGUGUUGGCGGUGCCGCCAAUAGAACCGUGCUGAACGGCUUAGUCUCCACUCUAGUUGAAUUCCUAAGCAGCGAAGAUUGGGCGGCGAGGAAGGCGGCGGCCGAGACCCUGGGGAGAUUGGCGGUGGCGGAGAGAGAUUUACUCGCUGAAUUCAAGCCCUCUUGCAUAGCCUCUUUAGAUACCAGAAGAUUCGACAAGGUGAAGGCUGUGAGGGAGACAAUGAACCGAGCAUUGGAUUGGUGGAAGGAGGUUCCGGCAACUUCAGAUGAAGUUUCGCCUCAGCUACAAGCCAAGUCGUCGCCAAAAGAUUAUUGCAGUGGUGCAUCUUCCCCAACUCCAUCGAAAAGCCCCAGUGAUGCUGGCUCCGAGACUCCACAGCCGAAGCGUUCUUUCUCCAGGAGCAAGUCUCUCGCAUCCACUAGCUCAUACUCGUCUACCAUCACCACACAAAAGAAUAGUCCUACUAAGAAGUUUGUCCGUGCGAAGUCAAAUGGAAGAUCCUCCGAAUCGAGUGUCACGAAGUCCUCUAAAGUGGAUACUCGAAGAUCCUCUGAAUUGAAAACAGAAGUCCCAGAAAAGCAGACUUCUUCGUUAGAGUUGGCAUGUGAUGAUAAUGAGAGUCGAGAUCUCAAUGUUUCUGAUUCAACAGAGAGUAAGAGUUGCAAGGAUAUGGGUUCUGGUGAAAAACAAUUCAAGUUUGGUAAUUCGAGAUUUGGAGCCCGUAUUGUCCCUGUUUAUGAAACAGAAACUUGCAGUUUGAGCGUACGUGAUGCAAAUGCCGUGAAAGAUGCCAUUGAAAGUAAGGAAGAGUACGAGGAUAUGUUUUUGAUAUAUAAACAGCUUCGACAGAUUGAGAGUCAACAGUCCAGCUUAAUGGACCUUCUUGAGAGAUUCAUCGGAAGUUCCCAGAAUGGGAUGAACUCGUUAGAGGAACGCGUGAAUGGACUGGAGAGGGUAUUGGAUGAAAUGCAGCAGUGUUUGGGGUUCUCCGGCAGAAGGAUUCCGACCACUGAUUAUACGGGAAGUACAUGUUUUAUGCUACCUCGGGCAGAGUUUUUGAGUCCUAAGUUCUGGAGAAAACAAGAAGGACAAAGCUACAACACGAGUUUUUCGCUCUCGAGUAGAAGUCAGCCAGAGAACACCAUGCACAUGAUGCCAGGUGAAGAUGACAUUGCACAAACACUAAUCGAAAAUAGUUCCAGAAAUCGCCAUCCGAGUAUGCAUGGCACCGGGGAAACAUUAGAGUCAUCUUCAACGAGGAAAUGGGAGAGCGCCCGAGGUUGCCUUGCUGGUAGGCUAAACGGGGCGGCACUUGCAAAUUGCAUAAAACAGGAGACCUGAGCAUGGGGGUUAAAAUUAUGGUCAGCCUUAUCUAUAUAUGUUGUUGUACAUGUUCCUACGUUUCAUCACGAAUCGAUGCAUAGUUAGUUUACUGCAGAAUACUCCCAUUUCUUUCUUUCAUGUUUAUUACUUGAUCCAGUAGCCUUCUUCUUUUAAGUCUAAUGCAGAAAACGUAUGUAUGAAGUUCUUUCAUGAUUCUGCCAAUUCUUUCCACUUUACUCGGUGAUCAUGUGAAGAUGCCAUUCAAAUACUACUCAAGAUUUAUCACUUUGGGUUCUUAAACAGUUAAAUAAUAAAUGCUACUUUUUGGUCUC